AUGUAUCCACUUCAAGCUAUACAGAAUUGCACAGAAAGGAAACGUCGACGCGAAGAUGUCGAUAGCCCAGAUGUACCGCCAGCAAAGCGACAUCACCAGCGACAUCUGACGGCCACACCAUCGAAGCGUAAGGCGCGUCUCUCGACGAAGCCAGCCCUCUCGACUCAGAGACGCUAUUCUCUGAGGGCAACCGCAGAGCGGGCACGAAGGAAUGUCACACAAAAUCUAGCUCAUAUCCCAGUUACACCGGCUCCCCUUCCCAUUCCAACCCCAGUUCCCGCCCCAAUCCUUCCGACAACCCGCAUCCCCACCAAACGUCCACGCAACGCUCUGGAAGCCGAUAUCUGUGAAGAGCCACCGGCAAAGCGUCACCACCAGCGACAUCUCACAUCCCCACCACCGAAACGCAAGACUCGUUCAUCGACAAGGGCGGCCGUCCCUACCCAGAGCCGUUAUUCGCUCAGGACCACCGCGGAUCGCGUUAGAAGGAAUACCGCUGCAACACACAAUCCGACUAUCCUAGCUCCCAUUCCCGCUCCAGCCCCGGCUUACACCUCAAUCGCUUCUCCGACUCCCGUCCUCGCGAAGCGUCGACGCCUCACUGUCGUCGACGAUUUCGACGUCGAUGUCUCCGAAGAACCCCAUGCAAAGCGUUAUCGUCUGGCACCGUCACCUUCGAAACACGCGAGCCGUUCGUCUACCAGGCCAGACAUCGCCAUACAGAGCCAUUAUUGUCUUAGGAUGACUGCAGAUCGUAUGCGAAGAAACAUUGCAGCGACCUGUCCUCGCAAUCCAACCGCUACUCCCCCCUGCUUCCCCGUACGACCUCCUGCGCGUGGAUCAAUGCCUACCUCGCCAUUCUUCACGGCCCCUAUCUCAACUUCCCCUAAAGCUCGUAGCCCUGCUCCUUCUUCAGUUCGCACCUCCGUUCGUAUCGAAACCCGCCGUAUUCCCAUCCAAAGUUCCAAUACCGCCGCAACUCCCCUUCCUCUUCAUCCUUUGGCAGGAAUCCCCACUCGUCCUCCUGUUGAUGUCUCGGUUACCGGCAUGACGUUUAAACGCACGCAUGUGCCUUGGGGACAACUUCCCGAACGCGAGCAAACUCGUCUGUCCACAGUAUGGGAUGCUAUGAUCAUUCGGCUAUGGAGGAGACAUUCCCUCUUUUGUUUUGGGGGCCUUGAUACCUAUGGGCGAGCGCUGGGUCUAUCGUCCUGCGACGAGCCCGAUGAUCUCAUGACGCUGGCCGCUCUCGAUAAGUACCCAGACCUCGAUGAUAUCGUCAUUGCUUUUCGCAAGGAUUUUCACCAACUUCAUGAAUUUUGUAACCAUCGUGCCUUCCAUGACGACCUCGAUGCAUCCAUUGACGCGGUCUUAGCUGGAUUAGAGCCCUUGUUCAUCCCUUCGGCAGUACUUCAUCGCUCCUCGCACCGGGCACCAACACGCCAUACUCAUUACGAUCUUCUUUCACUCGAGGAGCUUUCGUUUCCCCGCUUCUCUAUACGUAAUCGCGUACGGGACAUAUUCGUAGGGCUGAAACCAUAUCGAACCCCGAAGCCCGGACAGCAGACUCUGGAGCUCAUGUACGGCGUAAGCGUAUGUUGGGGUCUCUAUUUCUCAUAUUCGCCAAACAAAACAGUAGAAGAAGCUCGCAAGAGUAACAUGUCACAGGACCUCAUCCUCGCCAUCCAGGAGCUCGGUGCCACCAUCGACACUGCGACUCUCAGCCCUGAAGCUAUAUCACGCCGCGCUGCCAUGGCCGAGCUCUGUUUCUACACCCUUUACCUGACCCGAAUUGUCGUGCUCUCCCGAUUCUUGGAAUGUUUUCCUCAAGACAUAUAUGUGCCAUUUGCACGGUCAGAAUGGGCCGUCUUUCAACGUGACCCACCUCGCACAUCGGAGGGCGAGGACAUUUUCUCCGUAGUUUAUAGACAUGUCGCGAAGGCUCGACACUCCAUUGCGGGUCUCAAGCGGACGGCAGAAACUCGUUUCGAAACUUUAGUUUACAAAAACAAACGUCUAUUCACCAAUCACUGUGAAAUCGCCUCGCAAACACCUUUCUGCCUCGCAGUUGACGAAGUCGACACUCCUGUUGGCCAAACUCCGCUGAGCGGUCGUCGUCCCGCUUGCUCGCGCUCCAGUGUCAAUGCCCUCUUCUUCGGAUUCGAUACUCCGUGA